AUGGCUCUUUCAACUCAAAAUGUCUCAGGAUAUGAAACUUCGGGAUCCAGCGGGCAUACUACUAGCCUUACAGGAGUUAUGAUGGAAAAGUCAACAGAGUUUUCAUAUGAAGAACUAGCAAAGGCUACAAAUAACUUCAACUUGGAUAGUAAAAUUGGUCAAGGUGGAUUUGGAACUGUUUAUUAUGCACAACUUAGAGGCAAGAAAACUGCAAUAAAAAAGAUGAAGAUCCAAGCAACAAAAGAAUUUCUUGCUGAACUCAAAGUCUUAACAAGUGUUCAUCACUGGAACCUGGUACACUUAAUUGGAUAUUGUGUUGAGGGAUUUCUAUUUCUUGUAUAUGAGUACAUAGAGAAUGGAAACUUAAGCCAACAUCUACAUAAUCCAGAUAGAGAACCGAUGACCUGGGCUACGAGGAUGCAAAUUGCUCUGGAUGUGGCGAGAGGCCUCGAGUAUAUUCAUGAUCACUCAGUUCCUGUAUAUAUCCAUCGCGACAUAAAAUCGGACAAUAUUUUAUUAAAUGAAAACUUUACUGGAAAGAUUGCAGAUUUUGGAUUAACCAAAUUUACUGAUAUUGCAAGUUCAACAGAUAACACUAUUCAUGUGGCAGGCACAUUUGGUUACAUGCCGCCGGAAAAUGCAAACGGGCGUAUUUCUCGCAAAAUAGAUGUAUAUGCUUUUGGAGUUGUUCUUUAUCAAUUAAUUUCUGCCAAAGAAGCUGUGAUUAAGAUAGAUACACCUAGUACCGAGUUCAAAAGUCUCGAGAUUAAGACUAAUGAAUCUAUUAUUAAUGAAUACAAGAGUUUUGAUGAAGCUUUUGAUCAAGAGGGAGAUUCUAAAGAAGGUCUAAGAAAGCUGGUGGAUCCAAGGCUAGGAGAUAACUAUUCAAUUGAUUCCAUUAACAAGAUGGCACAGCUUGCCAAGGAUUGCACAAAUCGAGAUCCGAAAGGACGCCCAAGAAUGAGAGAUGUUGUGGUUUCUCUAAUGAAACUAAACUCUACUAUUGAUGAUGGAAGUAUGACAAGUAGUGAAGCAUUGAGUCUCAUUAUAGAACAUGAUGAUCAAAAUUGA